UGACGUUGAAGAUGUAACCGAGAAAGUCAUAGCAGCAAAUCAGAAAAUGGCUUCUAGUUCUGAAGAGGCUUGGUCAGACCCUAUAACACAGAAGGCUAGUAAAGUGGUAGAUACUACAUUGUCACUACUUCAUGAUAAGUUACAGGAGUUAGAUGGGGUGACUCAUGGUAAACGAGUGCCACAGUUGGCAGGAUCGCAGAAGUUUCCUUUCAUUGGCAGCUCUACAGUGAAGCGCAUAAUUACAGAUGACGACCAUAUCAAACCUGUGGAAGAUGAGAAAGCUGAGAGACUUAUGGAGUUCCUUGCAUCUGAUGAGGAUGAACGAUUUGCAAUGGAUAGUUACUCUGUGAGAUUCUAUUGGCAGAUUAUAACUCCAAGAGAUGAGUGGCCAAGCUUUAACUAUGGAUGGUUGAGAGGCUAUCACAUGGUUCAUGCAAUGGCUAUGUUUCGAAAACGGUUGAUGCGUGAUCCAUGUCCGUACCCUACGCAACGCAUAGCCUUCUUGGAUCAAUAUUUUAUCGCGAAGCUAGAAAAAGAUUACAAUCAGUUCGCACCUAAGAACUUCUUGUUCAGGAAAACCUUUUAAGAGCACUUCAACGGAAGAGCUCCCUAUGAUUCUGCGACAAACAAGAAGUGGUUCACUGAGGUAGAUCACUUAUAUGCUUGUCUUUUUGUCAAUGAUAAUCAUUGGAUGGCUCUGCAUAUUGACUUGCCAAGUAGGAAGAUUAAUGUUUAUGAUAGCAUCCCCAGAUUGGUGAUAGAUUCAGACAUGGUUAAAUAUUGCAUGCCUUUUAGGAAAAUGAUCCCUGCAAUGUUAAGUGCUUUUGUUCCUGAGGAUAUCCGAAAGAAGAGUUUUGCGAUGUUAGAAGUGAGAAGAGUGAAAAGAAAUGUUCCACUGAAUGAAAAUCCAGGAGAUUGUGGAGUGCAUGCACUGAAUUAUAUAAAAUGUUUAGCUCUUGGGAAAACAUUCGACGGCCUAAGCGAUAGAAACAUAUCAUCCCUACGGACAAAGCUAGCUGCAGAGAUUUAUGACGAAGUGGGAGAGUUAGUCGUACCAAAUGAAAAAUAUCCUUACUUUCGUGCUGGGGACAUAGAAGUCCCUCACCUUAUGGAUGAGGGAGAGUAGAUUGUAAUCAUAGUUUUUCAUGUAGUAGUCUUUUCAUCUUAUUUCUUCUAAUGUACUAGUCUUUUUCUUCUUAUGUACUAGUAUUUUUCAUCCUAAUGAACUAGUUUUUUGUUGUGGAUUUA